AACUAAAAUUGUGACUAACCACAGUCGUGAAAUCUACGUUAAGCUACAAACUUCGAGCAAACAUGAAAAAUUGUCAUUAUAUUUUGCUUUUGACAACAAUGUUCACAUUAACUCACGCUCAAUGGGCUUGGCCUGGUUUUGGAGGAGAGCAGCAAGGAUAUUUUGGCAACGACUUCGGCAAUAUUUUUGAGCAACCGCUUCCUCCUGAAUUCGGAUAUGACUUGGAAGAGCAUGAGCAAGCAUUCGGUGAUCGAAUAGAACCCCAACCACCAUCAAUUUCCGAAAUCAAUUUAAUAAACCAACCACAGCUGGAAGCAGAUUUUUAUAAUGGUUAUCCAUACCAACUAGACACUUUCGAUGGAUCUGUCGAUAUGUAAUAUUUACUCUUUCCACGAACUUUACUUUAUAAUUUUGAAGAAAAUAAACAGUUUUAAAAACCUAUGU